AUGGACCCAAAGGAUAAUCAAAAAAACAAAUUGGAACGGAUAGUUUUGAAUGUUGGUGGAACAAAGUAUGAAACUUAUAGGUCUACAUUAACAGCUUAUCCAGAAACAUUGCUUGGCACAAUGUUUCAAGAUAGAAAUAAAGAGUUACUUCAUCCCAACGGUCCCAACGGAAACGAAUACUUUAUAGAUAGGGACGGAUACGCAUUCAGAUAUAUUUUACAAUAUUAUCGAACUGGAAAAAUACUCUGGCCAGACGAGAAAGAAUUCUCAUAUUCUUCAUCGUCAUCAUCUCGUAAAAUCCCACCAACACCGUUGAUAACCCGUCAAGAACUAGAGCUAGAACUGGACUACUUUCAAAUUCCAUUCGACCAUGACCUUGUGAAAAGCCUAUCAUACGUAAAUCGUGCGGCAAUUGCAACUGUAGACGCAUUCAUUGCGGCACUCGAAGAAAUAUUCUAUAAAGUGGUUGCCAAUUUCGGCACAACAGUCACGAUAGUAUUUAAUUAUCGUCAGAUUCCCGAAAUUUACACGACGCAGAAAUUCGAAGAGGAUGUGAAAAAGAUUUUGGCGCCGUUUGCAUUGGUUGAUUUGAAUAUUUUGGAAAAGUACGGAGAUCAGAUUCAGACGUAUUUGACAAGUGAGAUACCAGAGUUGAUUUGGAAAUUGGAAGAUGCGAAUGACUCGUUGGGAAAUUAUCGAGGCCGACAACUGAAAAUGUCCGUUACUCAGAGUUAUGAUGAUGCUGCUGUUAGAAAAUUUUCGCGACUUGGGAAAAUAAUAAAUAAUACAUCAAAAAAAUAA